AUGGCUUAUCAUCAAUCAGAUCAUCCAAUUUCUCCCACAGCAUGCCCAUCUAUCUCAGAGGUCAAACUGGACUUUAAGCACGAAGAUCCAGACCCUGAAGAAAUUUUCGAGUUGAGAUUCGACUUGUGUCAAUAUAUCCAGAUUGCAUCUACGCCAGACGAUAUGGAACUCAAGUAUUCUGGUCCACUCCUCCAACAUCUCACCACAAUCAACAUAGUCAGUCGCAGAAUGACACAUGCCCUUUCAAAGGAACAAAAGACUAGCUGGCAUUGGCUUGAGAACACCCUUUACCACGCUGCCUCUGUUUUCAGCACCGAUGCCCUACUCCCCAUGGAAUUCCACACAUUACCACUCCCCUCCUCUUACGGUUAUCUCCGCGACCACAAGACUCAUGGCCAUGCUUUACGUUGUGCCAAGAGAUCCAGACUGGCGUUUCAUGGUCUUCUUGGAUUGUCAAACUUGUUUUACGGACAACCCCCUUCUCCUUCGCAAAUGCUUGUUGAAUCGGGCUUGAGCGAGUCCCACGUUUGCGAUAUCAUAAGUGCAUUGCAGCCAGAGAUACUCGGUCGCUGUGUUGGAGUUGUUCUGGACCCACGCAAGUCGGAAUGGGGACAUAUAUUUCCUUAUCUGAAUGACAUACGAGCUCCGGUUUGGGUCAAAGUAGGAAGAUAUAGGGGCGCUUAUGAUCCAAAGACUUUCAAAGCGGAUAACUUUAAGACCGCUGUGCCUCGCGAGGAUGAAAAGAUCAAGGUCGGGAGUGUCAUCAGCAAGACCAUUUCAGAAGAAACUAGUUCCGAUUCUUCUGCCGUGAACCCCGACAGUCUUCAUAGAUGGGACGCAUUUGUGGAAUCGCGCAAGCAGAAACAGUUGGACUUCCAAUCGCAUGUGUCUGAGAGUAUCAAGGAACGUGUUCGCAGACGCCUCGAACAGGCUUCAAAUUUUAUCCUCCCAACCAGACCAGAUGGCACUUGGUUCUUCUUGUGGUAUCGAUCAAAGAAGGGAAGGUUUAGAGGAGAGAUCGAUUUUGAAGAUGCACGCAUUGAGUUCGAGACGCGACCCCGCGGGCAGCUCAUAUACGACGAACUGUCUAAUCAAUGGGACGUGUGUUCCCUCUUUGACAGCGAGCCCGAAGCCACCAAUGACGACCUCGUCGAUGACACCAACAAUUUGACAAGCAACAAAAUAAUUCCUCCCAUAUCUCAUCCUCAACUCAACUCACCCCCUAUUCUUCCACACAACCAUAAUGAGAUAGGAAGGACAAUCGUCUAUCAUGGAUGCAUUCGGGAGGAUAUUCUUUUUGCAUCUUCAUUGGAGGAUGUCCUGCACAGCCGUUACGGGCUACUCUGCUGCAACCAGCAUCAGGAAAUUAACCCUGAAUUGAUAUGA